AUGGAUAGAAAACAGCAAAGACGGUCUAACAAGCCACUUGGUAACUCUGUUCAAUUGGCGCAUGUUUUAGGCUCGGGAUCGAACAAAAUUAAGAAAAAGAUCCGGGACAUCGAACGUCUAUUGCAAAAAAAGAAGGACGUUCUUCCGGACACAAUUCUAAUUGAAAAGGAGAGAAGCUUGGAAGCUCUGCGAUUUGAGCUCAAAAACGCUGAGCUUCGUGUAAAAGUUCAACAAAAUGCCAAAAAAUACCAUAUGGUGCGCUUUUUCGAACGCAAGAAGGCCCUCAGACGUUAUAAACAAGCCGUCAAAACCAACAAUAAGAAGGAGAUUCGGGCAAGAGCUGUGGAUCUAUGCUACGUCGUGAAUUUCCCAAAAACGGAAAAAUACAUUGCUCUUUACCCCACGAGCGAAGACGGCAAGGACACCGAAGAGCCCGAACUCUCUGAAGAAAAAAACGACAAGACUACAGCACGCAGAUCGGCUUACCACAAGCUUAUCGCAGCUAGUAUGGACUCUGGUGAGUUGCCAGUCUCCUUACCUGACAUUCUUAAGGGCGCAAAACUGGACAGAGAUGGCAACGGCAUCCAACUAGCAGAAACUGGUAAGCCAUCCUCCAAGGAAAACACCAAACAAGAAUCAGGAUCAGGAGUCCAGGAGGAGGAAGACGAGGACGAUUUCUUCGAGAGUUAG